GCAUCUGUAACGUUUAUUAACUUGUCGGAGAUAUUGGUGAAAAUAGUUCGCGGGAGUGUAAGAGCCAAGCUGGUGGUGGCAGCUCGCUCUGAAAACAACCAGAGUACUUCAUUCAGAGGCGAGUUACACCAUGACAGAGCGGACGCCUCUCCUCCACUACCGGCUCUCCGCCAGCGUCAAUGAGUCCGAGCGGCGGGCACCGCCGGCCGGCCAGGCCCCGGAGCAGCACCCGGGCGGCCCCCGGCAGAGGUCGAGCCAGCAGCGGCAACCCAAGAAACUCUCCAUCUUCUUCGGUGUGGUGAUCCCGACCCUGCUGUCAAUGUUCAGCGUGGUAUUGUUUCUGAGAAUAGGAUUCGUAGUUGGCCAUGCUGGACUGUACCAAGGUAUUGCUAUGUUCCUGGUGGCCUACUUCAUCAUCUGUAUGACUGUGCUGUCAGUCUGCGCCAUCUCCACCAAUGGAGCCCUGGAUGCUGGGGGAGCCUACUACAUGAUCAGCCGAGCGUUGGGUCCAGAGUUCGGCGGCAGUAUCGGCAUCAUGUUCUUCCUGGCUAAUGUAUGCGGCAGCGCUCUCUACGUGCUGGGUCUGGUUGAAGCCAUUGUGGCCACCUUCGGAGUGCCAGAAGACGGGACCCUGGCCACUUCUCCUUACCAGGUUCUGCCGUCGGGUUACUGGUGGUCUCUGCUCUAUGGCACAGCCAUCGCCCUGCUCUGUCUGCUGGUGUGCAUGGUGGGAGCCCACAUCUACGCCAAGGCCACCUUUCUCAUCUUCCUGGUGGUCAUGUUCGUCCUGUGCACCAUCUUCGUCAGCUUCUUUGCCGUCGGCCCUCGGACCAUCACCCUGCCCCGUUCCGCCGUGCCCAACCCUACUAACAGAACGUCUCCCACCACGGCAAACUUUACCGGUUUCAAGUUGGACACGUUACUCGGGAACCUAUGGGCCGACUACACUACGGAUUACACAACAAAUACCAUGAUGACUUUCACCACUGUUUUCGCCGUCAUGUUUAACGGCUGCACCGGAAUCAUGGCUGGUUCUAACAUGUCAGGCGACUUGAAGAAUCCCAGCUACUCCAUCCCUCGGGGUACCAUCACUGCCGUCAUCUUCACCUUCAUCAUCUACAACCUGCUCAGCGUGCUGGUGGCCUGCUCCUGUGACCGCGUGUUGCUUCAGAAUGAUUACAGCUUCCUCAGAGACAUCAACAUCUGGAGACCCUUCGUCACCGUCGGGGUUUAUUCCUCCACACUCUCCGCCGCCAUGAGCAACCUCAUCGGAGCCUCACGCAUCCUCUACGCCCUGGCCAGGGAUGACUUGUUUGGUAAGGCGUUGUCUCCUGCUAAGAAGACCUCCCACAGUGGUAACCCCUGGGUCUCUGUGAUUAUCUCCUGGUUCCUGGUGCAGCUGGUGCUGUUUGCAGGGAAGCUCAACACCAUCGCCAGUAUUGUAACCAUUUUCUUCCUUUUGGUGUACGCGGCUGUGGACUUGGCUUGCCUUGCUUUGGAAUGGGCCUCUGCACCUAAUUUCAGGCCCACCUUUCGGUACUUCACCUGGCACACGUGUGUUUUUGGCAUCGUGGGCUGUGCCGUCAUGAUGUUCCUCAUCAACGCCAUCUACGCCUCAGCCAGCAUCGCCUUCAUGCUGCUGCUGCUUCUGCUGAUUCACUACCUCAGUCCCACCUCCAGCUGGGGCUACAUCAGCCAGGCUCUCAUUUUCCACCAGGUGCGUAAGUACUUGCUGAUGCUGGACGUGAGGAAGGACCACGUCAAGUUCUGGAGGCCUCAGGUCCUGCUGAUGGUUUCCAACCCUCGCAGCAGCGUGGGCCUCAUCACCUUCAUCAACGACAUCAAGAAGAGCGGCCUCUACGUGUUAGGCCACGUCCAGCUGGGAGAUCUCAACACUUUACCAUCAGACCCUCUGCAAUCCCAGUACGACUCCUGGUUGUCUCUGGUGGACCAUCUGAACAUCAAAUCCUUUGUGAACCUGACUUUGGCUGAUUCUGUACGUCACGGUAUCCAGCAUCUCCUGUUCAUCUCCGGACUAGGUGGGAUGCGUCCCAACACCCUUGUCCUGGGUUUCUAUGACGACUGUCUUCCGAAGGACAAGCUGAUCGAUCCGUCGCUCUGUACCAGUCAGUCCACAGAUCCUUCGUGCCUCUCUCAGGAGGUUGAGCAACAACCCCCGCUCUUCCACUUUGCCUCCUUGCGGGGUUCCAGCGACAGAAAGGAUUAUGGGGAAUCUGGAGACGGGAAGUUUCUGGGUCCUCAGGAAUACGUAGCAAUCAUUGCGGACGCCAUGAAGAUGCUUAAAAAUGUGGUACUGGCCCGUUACUUCAACAACUUUGACCGAGCCCAGGUCCUCUCACCGCCCUCCUCCUCUCCGGGGAAGGGAGCUGUGUAUGUUGACGUCUGGCCAGUCAACCUCCUACGUCCAGACAGCUCUAGCUACGUCGACACCUGCUCUCUGUUCCUGCUACAGCUAGCUUGUAUCCUCAACAUGGUCAGAUCGUGGCGCAAAGCUACGCUACGUCUCUUCCUUUGCGUGGAGGAAGGACGUAGCGUGAGAGGCUCAGAGGAGAAGCUGGGCCAGCUGUUGAAAGAGUUGAGAAUCAAAGCUCAGGUCUACACCGUGCCUUGGGACCAGCAGGUGGCGCUACAUUGGCAGCGUCAAGGCGAGUGGAGCAAGAAACUGUCGUCGCAGUCCCUCGAUACCGCCGGUGAAGAGAAGAAGCCGAGAACAGAGGAGGAGGACGAAGACGAUUAUGUUAAUAGCUUCCCAAGCAACACCACACGCCUGUCGGAUGACUACGUGUCAGCUGUCAAUAAGCUGAUCCUGGAGCAGACCCUGCCGCCCCCUGCUGUGCGUUUCCUAUACUUGCCCCGCCCCCCAGCUGACACCCGGCGCUACACCACCUACUUACACCAGCUGGAUCUGCUGACACAGGACCUGGGCCCCACGCUGCUUAUCCACGGUGUCACACCUGUCAUCACCACUGACCUUUAAACACUUUAAAUGAGGUGUGCCUUAUAUGCUGAGGGCUGGCGAGUUUUGCAGUGUCUCCAUCAGCUGCUGAUGUUGUGUGGAGCACUUUAAGCGCAGCAUCACCGCAGACCUCAGCAGUUCUGAUCCAGUGCUUUACCCCCUUGUUAUUUGACCCAGACUGGGACAUCACACCUGACUUGCAGAUCACAUCUGCACUGCCUUGCACAAUAUGGACCAAUAUAGAACAACGUCCAACCAGAAACACAGCCUAUUUUAAGAAUAGUUCAAAUGAAGACCAAAUAUCACACUGUGUAUUUUGGCUACUUAGAGAUAAAAGAAAAUCCUGACUAG